AUGAACGACUUCAUCAUACUACCGCCGCCUCCUCUAUCAUCGUUAGAAGUGCCUCCUCCACCCCCUCCAAACAGCGAUGCGCCGCCUCCCCCACCUCCACCAUCAAGUGAUGUGCCACCACCUCCACCGAGCUCAGGUAUAGCGCCCCCUCCACCCCCAAGCGAAUCGGUAGUGAAAAAGCGUAAGCUUGAACCUAAAGCACAGCCCUUGAGCAUAGAGCAACUGCUCGCGAAGAAGAAAGCUCAGGAUGAAGCGGCUGCGAAGCCGAAGUUCUUAAGUAAGAAGGAGCGAGAGCGGAUUGCAUUGGAGAAGCGACAGAAGGAGUAUGAGGCUAGUCAGCAGAGGGAGGGUCCGGCCAAGAUGCAUGGGAAUGCGAAGGACCAUGCCAACGGAUCUACCAACGGGCAUCCUCCUCGUGGCCCACCACCGACAGGACCGAGAUCGGAGAGAACUAAUGGCCAUGUUCCGUCCGGACCAGCAGCGAUGCGCCAUUCACUGCCAAAUAAAGGCUACGAUAUGGCGCCUCCACCUCCACCCAAGGCCGUCGCUAUAGUCGAUGGGCCACAGUCACGAGGCAAGAAAGCAUCGGAAGACGAUGUCGUGGCCGAGAUGACUCGAAACCGCUACAUGGGCGCCGACACGAACACGAGCACGUUCUCCGCCAAGAAGAAACGAAAGCGGACGACGGAGAAGAAAUUCAAUUUCGAGUGGAAUACCGAGGAGGAUACGAGUAUUGACUAUAAUCCUCUGUACGCGACGAGGACAGAAACGAAUUUCUUUGGCCGUGGUAAGCUAGGUGGGUUUGCGGAUGAUGAGGAUCUGGCUGUGGCCCGACAAUAUGCUAAAGCUAUCGAGGAGCGGGAUCCGGAGGCCGGCCGGCAGCGUGCGGCGGAGAUACUGGAGAUGGAGCGAAGAAGACGAGAGGAGGGCGGCAGGAACGGCAUCGAUAAACACUGGUCUGAUAAGCGACUCGAUCAGAUGCGGGAGCGCGACUGGCGUAUCUUCAAGGAGGACUUCAACAUCGCCACCAAAGGAGGCGGGAUCCCGAAUCCCAUGCGCAAUUGGGAGGAGAGUGGGUUGCCAAGACGAUUGAUGGAUAUCGUGGAUGCGGUGGGCUAUAAAGAACCUUCGGCUGUGCAGCAAGCAGCUAUACCGAUUGCGCUGCAGAGCCGGGAUUUGAUCGGUGUUGCUGUCACCGGUUCGGGUAAGACGGCUGCUUUCUUGCUGCCUUUGCUCGUCUAUAUUACUGAGCUCCCUCCGCUGAAUGAGUACACGAAGAAUGAUGGGCCGUACGCCAUUAUCCUUGCCCCCACCCGCGAAUUAGCGCAACAAAUCGAGCUGGAAGCUAAGAAGUUCGCCACGCCUCUGGGAUUCAAAUGUGUCUCCCUUGUAGGUGGCCACUCCAUAGCCGAACAAUCCUACAACAUGCGCGACGGCGCCGAAAUCAUCAUCGCCACCCCGGGUCGUCUAAUCGACUGUAUCGAGCGACGCGUACUGGUGCUAAGUCAAUGCUGCUACAUCAUCAUGGACGAAGCGGACCGGAUGAUCGACUUGGGGUUCGAGGAGCCGGUGAAUAAGAUUCUCGACGCUCUGCCUGCUUCAAACGAGAAACCGGACACGGAUGAGGCGGAGGAUGCGCUGGCGAUGGGGAGUCGCAGGGCUUUUGGAGGGAAGGAUAGGUAUAGGCAGACGAUGAUGUAUACGGCUACUAUGCCCAGUGCCGUGGAGCGAAUCGCAAGGAAGUAUCUGCGUCGGCCGGCGAUCGUCACCAUCGGCAACGUAGGCGAAGCGGUCGAGACGGUAGAACAACGCGCCGAAUUCGUCGGCGGCGAGGACAAGCGGAAGAAGCGCCUGGCCGAGAUCCUGAAUAGUGGCAAUUUUGCCCCGCCCAUCAUCGUCUUCGUGAACAUCAAACGCAACUGCGACGCCGUGGCCCGCGACAUCCAACGCAUGGGCUACUCCUCCGUCACGCUCCACGGCAGCAAAACGCAAGAACAGCGUGAAGCAGCCUUGGCAUCCCUCCGCUCCGGCAGCACCAAUGUCCUCGUCGCUACUGAUCUGGCGGGUCGUGGUAUCGAUGUCCCGGAUGUGAGUCUGGUGGUGAAUUUCAAUAUGGCGACGAAUAUUGAGAGUUAUACGCAUCGGAUUGGGCGGACGGGCAGGGCGGGGAAGACGGGGACGGCGAUUACGUUCUUGGGGCAGGAGGAUCAGGAUGUUUUGUUUGAUUUGAAGCAGAUGAUGGGGAAGAGUGAGCUUUCCCGUGUGCCGGAGGAGUUGAGGAAGCAUGAGGCGGCGCAGUCGAAGAGGAGUGGGAGGGGAGGUGGGGUUGGUGGGGGUGGGAAGAGUGAGGAGAGUGGUGGGUUUGGAGGGAAGGGUGGGUGGAACUGA